AUGUUAUCUCGUUUAUGGUUGAGUUUCAGUUCAAACCGAAAUUUAUUUUCCGUCUUUAUAUCUCAUAAGCAUACUUGCUUUUCUCUCUUUUCUUUUUUUUUUUGUUUGAUUCUUUCUUUCUUUCUUUCGACUCACGUUUGUUCUUUCUUUCUUUUUCUUUCAUUCUCAGUUUUCACUCUUUCUCUUACUUUCAUUCUCAAUUUUCUUUCUUUCUCUUUCUUUCAUUCUCAAUUUUCUUUCUUUCUUUCUCUUUCUUUCAUUCUCAAUUUUCUUUCUUUCUCUUUCUUUCAUUCUCAAUUUUCUUUCUUUCUUUCUUUCUCUUUCUUUCAUUCUCAAUUUUCUUUCUUUCUUUCUCUUUCUUUCAUUUUCAGUGUUCUUUCUUUCUCUUUCAUUCUCAAUUUUCAUUUCUUCUUUUUCUGUUAUUCUCAUUUUCUUUCUUUCUCUUUCAUUCUCAAUUUUCAUUUCUUCUUUUCUUUCAUUCUCAGUUUUCUUUCCUUCUCUUUCUUUCAUUGUCAAUUUUUCUUUCUUUCCCUGUCUUUCAUUCCCAGUUUUCUUUCUUUCUCUUUUUCUUUCUUGAUUUUUAAUUUUCCUUUCGCUUUCUUUCUUUUUGCUUUCUUUCUUUUUGCUUUCUUUCUUUUUCUUUCUUUUUACUUCGUCUUUCGUUCUUUCUUUCUUUCUUCGCUUUUUUCAUUAUCGCUUUUCAUUUUCUUUCUUUGUUUCUUCUUUUCUUUCUUGUGUUUUUUUUCUUUUUACAUUUUCCUUCGGCUUUCUUUCUUUCUUUCUCUUUCUUUUUCCAUUUCCCUUCUGCUUUCAUUCUUUCUUUCUUCGUUUUUGUCAUUAUCUCUUCUCAUUUUCUUUCUUUGUUUCUUCUUUUCUUUCUUUCUUUCUUUCUUUCUUUCUUGCUUUUUUAAUAUCUAUCUAUCUAUCUAUCUAUCUAUCUAUCUAUCUAUCUAUCUAUCUAUCUUUGUUUGUACGUAUCUAUCUAUUGCUGUCCGUCCAUAUGGAUCUAUCACAGGCUUUUUUAAUAUCUAUCUAUCUAUCUAUCUAUCAUUACUUAGACACAUUUUUUUUUUGCAAGACUGUUAA